AUGACAGACAAACCGAUUUCUGGCGAUGCCCUUGAGGACGACUUUUACGAAGACGAUCUCGUAGCCGCUUCAGCAUCAGAGGAAGAGCAAGAGGAGGAAGAACAACAAACAACCACAACACCAAGCAAAACGUCUAAAAAGCGGAAAGCAAAGAAGGAAAAGGCUAAACGAAAGCGUGCACGACAAGAUCCCUUCAACGACGUUGUUCAUAUUUUCAAAUCGGAUCCAGCAACGCAAUGUGCCUAUGUACACGAUCGACAGCGAUUGGCACUUCCAAAGUUAUCGACUAUCGAGCUUGACGAGCAAAUGCUACCAGAGGCCCAGUUUGUCAACAACGACAACUUUAAGCAGUCUGAACACACACUUGAUACGUUACCCAAUUAUGUCAAGUUUGGCGUGAUGCGACACAGUAAACUGAUCAAGGCACCUGAAGCCAAAGCAACACCAAUGGUACUGGUUCUGACACAUGCGGCUGUUCGUGCUGCCGACCUUGCUCGUGCUUUAAAACCACUCCAAAGCCAAUCACACAAGAUUGCCAAGCUGUUUGCAAAGCAUUUGAAGGUGGAAGAACAAGUGGAUUUCCUCAAUCGACAACCAAUUCAUAUCGGUGUUGGUACGCCUAACCGUGUUAAGCUUUUAGUGGAACAAGGUCAUUUGAAAUUGGAUGCGUUGGAAUUGGUAGUCGUGGAUACGGAAAAGAAUGCAAAGCAAUUCAAUGUGUUCGAGAAUGAUGCUGUCAGAGGUGAUUUAUAUUCUUUCUUGGGUGCAUACGUUGCACCAAGGGCACAAGAGAAGCAAACCAAGAUAGCUCUUUUCUAG